UGUGUCUAGGACACUUCUCGUGCUCUUUUUCAUUAUGAAAAGUAAGGCGUAUGAUAAUUUAUUAGAAGACCUUGAGACAACUGUUUUCACUAACGGGAACCUAACAGUCAAUGGAACGGAGAAUAUCAUUGAUGGGAAUGUUUCUACAUGUCUAGACAUUCGUCGUUCCUAUAAAUCGACAUGGUAUUUGCAACUGGACUUUAAAACUGUGAAGAGUUUCUACGAAGUUGUUCUCUAUCUUGAUUCAAAGUAUUCCUACUAUAUAAAACUAUCAAUUUACGUACGUAAUUCAAGUUUUGUGGAGGCUGGAUCUCGAUGCGAAUCAGACACUUUAUACAACAAAUCUAAUAUCGUCAAAAUAAAGUGCAUGGAUCAAGGGCGUUUUAUGGAAUUACAAUUUAGCUCACGUACAAAAUAUCCUUUCUUCAUUUGUGACAUCAUUAUAACAGGAUGUGACAAUGGAAUGUUCGGUAAGAAUUGCACCAGGAAUUGCUCAGAAAACUGUGUUGGAAAAUCAUGUGAUAUUUUGAAUGGGAAAUGUUUGAGCGGAAUGUGUUCAGAUGGUUGGCAAGGAGAAGACUGCAAUCAGAAAUGUAACAAUGGAACAUAUGGAACUCAAUGUAAAUCACACUGUGGAAACUGUAGAGAUAGGGAGUAUUGUGAUCACGUGACCGGAUAUUGUAAAGGAGGUUGUGAAGAUGGAUCGAAGGGAGAUAAAUGUGACAAAGUUUGUCUUGAUGGCACCUAUGGUUCGAAUUGUAAGGGCAAAUGUGGCAAGUGCAGAGGAGGCCAGAGUUGUGACAAGUCCUCUGGGGUUUGUUUGAAUGGCUGUGAGAAUGGAUAUUUUGGAGAAAAAUGCAUAUUACAAUGUCCCGAUGGAACAUAUGGAUACCAAUGUAACUCAUCUUGUGGAAAUUGUAAAGACAUGAAAGAUUGUCAUCACGUGACCGGAUAUUGUAAUGGAAGUUGUGCUGAUGGAUCAAUGGGAGUGAAAUGUGACAAAGAAUGUCCGUUUGGAUUUUACGGAAAAGAUUGUUCUGAACGUUGCAGUAUCUCGUGUGGUUCUAAAUCUGAACAGAAAAGUAUAUCAGAUGAGACAAAUACAUGUAAACCUACUACAGAAGGUGAAAACAAUGUUAUCAUAUAUGCUUUGGGGACUGUACUGAUAUUUUCCUUGUUGGCGAAUAUUAUUCUUGUGGCAAUGUGCAUUAUAAGAUUUCAUAGAAAACGGAAGGAUGAGGUUUAUAGCAAACCAUCACCGAUGUAUGUAAACGUAAGAGAUGGACACAGAAGGGACAAUCAGCCUUUAGAAGGAAUGACGAUAGACCAACAGAAUGUGCAGUAUGAGUCUCUGGGAGUUCCUUCCCACGAAACUCAUUACGAUGCCUUAAAAUAAAGAAUGUCGUACAAACUGAUAACAUCAGAAUACUUAAAAUUACUGACUUCAGGUGGAUCAUGUACGAUUUUGAACAUGUUUUGCAUAGAACAAUUGAAGUACAACAUAUAAUAGGGAAUAAGCAUCUUUGUGAAACAUAACAUUGCAACGUUAGUAUUACUGCAAAUAAUUCUACUAAAUAGUCUUGAUUGUUUUCAAAAUAAUUUUUGUUAUUACCAUAUAUCUGAGAAUUAAAAUUCUAACUUUUAACUGCCUUGUUGAUAAAUGUUGAUACAUGUGAAAACCUGUUAUAUGUUAUAUACAUUACGAAGAGUAUCAGAAAUAUAGUGAUUGACAAAUGAAAACAUUUUGUACAUUGUACUUCCUACACUUAUAUGUAUAUAUCUAUCAGUGUUAAUUAUUGCAGAAAGUUUUA